AUAAUCCUCUUUUUCAUCCCUCUUCUUCAUCCUCUUCUUCAUUCCAACUUCACCUCCUUCAUCUACUUCACCUCCACCACCCUCUUAACUAUACACCAAGUUAGCAUGCAAGUCAUGAGCUCAGAUGACCCUCUCAACACGCCCAUCAAGAAGAUCAAGUCGCUCUCCAUCCACUCGCCAGACAUCAAACAAAUCAUGGUUGACAAAGGGUAUUCCAAUUCUAUCAGCGACAAGGUGCUUUCGGAGAUGAACCUCCGCCUCGACAGUAUCGCCAGCCUUCCUUCCAGCCCCGUGCGGGACGAUCUGGCCCCUAUCUCGGCGCCGUUUGACUUCAAUGCCGUCCACAACAACCAUUUCAACCAGAUGGAAUCCAUCAUGAGCCACUACUCCAUCAAGAGAAACCCCAGCGAGUUGGCGCUCCACAAGAAGAAACGGCGGACGCUCACAGGGAUUGAGGAGAGCCCCGUGUUGGCGCUGGUACCGAAUGCCGCUAAUAGAGCCAGUCCAACGAGGAUUUCUCCGUCCAAGAAGUCGUUUAAUUUGAACGGGAUGCUAUCACGAAAGAUCUCGGUACCCAAGUCCCGUACCCCAUCGCCUGCCAAGGAGUUCAAGAGACCGGUGCUGUUCCAGCGGAUUGCAGAGGUGCCGUCGCUCCAGAAAAACGGGUCCAUUCCACUGUUAGCCCCUACGCUCCACAAGAAGAGUUCGAUUCCUACGCUUCUGCGCAGACUGUCGGCCCAACUGCUCCUGGACGUGCCUACGCUCCAGAAGAAGAGCUCUAUUCCUACGCUCCAGAAGAAACCAUCGAUUCCCACGCUCCAGAAGAAACCAUCGAUUCCUACACUUAAAAAUAAACCAUCGAUUCCAACGCUUCAAAACAAAUAUUCAAUUCCUACGCUUCAAAAAAAACCUUCCAUUCCAACACUUCAAAAACCAUCGAUCUCCACCCUUCAACGGCCGUCCCUCCAAAAUACUGUUCCUGUUCAAAGAUCCUCAUCUCGCCCGUUCCAGAUUUCGCAGCCAGCUCCUACCACGCACACCAACCACACCCCGGUCCACAGCACCAGCUCGUACGCAAAUCCCACGCUCUCGUCGUCGCAGAAGUCACUAGAUAGGUUUGCCCGCUUUAAAAACAAGUUUCGCUGAUUAGGCUGUGCUAAGUUCAAUUGAGUACUAUUUCCCUAUAAAGUCAUACUACUAAAUCGGCAUCAGGCAAAUAUAUUGGAUUGGACAAGAAUCUCUCCACCCACCUGGAACGUCUGGGAGCCGGUCCAAGCUUUUCCAGGCUCCAACUUCACGAAAUCCGUCACAUUUCCACACUCAACACACAACAUGUUCAAGUAUCCCAGCUUAGGUUCAAAGUCCGCCAUUCCUUCGGACUUUUUGAUCCACGGAUUCCACACCACCGCAUCUGGCAACCCAGAUCUUCGAAGGUUCUGUAAAACAUAGCCCUUGUCAAUGAUUUGCAACACCUUUUCCUCAGGAAUAUCCUUAUAAAUCCGGUCAAACUCCUCGUUGAAGUUCACCAUGGGCGCCUUUUCGGUGUACCAUGACUGUAACAACUGGUCGUAGCAUUUUUCUUCCGUCAAGUUGUUGACAAUAAUGUCCUCAAUGUCCUCCACCUUAAAGUAGGUAUGGAACAACCAAUGGAAAUCAAACGCCUGUUUACCGGUGUUUUCCACCUCGAUCUGUGUGUGCAACGUGUCGGACAACCCAAUGGAGUAGAUCAACGUGAAGUCGUUGGUGCCAUCACCCCAUAACUUAUAAAUGUCGCUGUUGGCCUCAUCAGGACUAAGAGCAAACUGGACUGUCAAUGGGCUUUGGGUGGUCUGGCCCAAAAAUUCCCACGUCGAGUUCCGAGCAAACCCGUGUUGCGGGAGUGCUGCAGUGGCGUGGGACUCGUCCUUGGUCUUGCCAAAGUUGGGGAAUACAAGAGGAAUUCCGCCUCUCACGGGCUUGGACCCGUCUAAUUUGGCGGCACUAGAAACCCACAAUUGCUCUUUGCCACGAAGCUUCCAGGACACCACGGUGGCCCCAUACUUCAAGAUGGUCACGCUGGUGGAGGGGUCGCUGUCGAGCGACACAAUGACUUUGUCUUCGUGUUCUUCUACCGUCAUGCUGUUGGCGUACAGGUGGAAGUUGAAAUUUUCGCACUCCGAAAACGCGGCGUGGAUGAAGCCCGCAAAGGUUGGAUGGUGGUGGCAGCGCGCUGCGGUAGCGAGACCCUGUGGUAGCAGAAGGUGCUACUCCCGUCCAAAAUAUACCACUGUUGCAUGUGCACAUUAUGUCUUAGUUAACUACAAUCUUAGUAACAAUAAAUACCAGUAUAUAUA